CACAGCUCAUGGACUAGAGCGAGGCAGACAAAGGCAAAAAGAGCUCGUGCCGCUUUCCUGCAGCAUCCACACCCACCCACUUCACUCCAUACACUCCAGCGCGGACUCCCCAGAGCUCUCCACCUUCAGCACCCGUCUACCACGGACCCUCCCGGACCUCUGUUGCCAUGGAGCUGGACUUUGGCCAUUUCGACGAGCGAGACAAGCCCCGUAACCCGCGGGGCGGGCGCAUGAACGGGCUGCCCAGCCCCACCCACAGCGCCCACUGCAGCUUCUACCGCACGCGCACCCUGCAGGCCCUCACCAACGAGAAGAAGGCCAAGAAGGUGCGGUUCUACCGCAACGGAGACCGCUACUUCAAGGGCAUCGUGUACGCCGUGGCCGUGGAACGCUUCCGCACCUUCGACGCCCUCUUGGCCGACCUGACGCGCUCGCUCUCCGACCACAUCAACCUUCCCCAGGGGGUCCGCUUCAUCUUCUCCAUCGACGGAAUGCGCAAGAUCACCACCAUGGACGAGCUGGAGGAAGGAGAGAGCUACGUCUGUGCGUCCGAGAACAUCUACAAGAAGGUCGACUACACGAAGAACGUCAACCCCAACUGGUCUGUGAACGUGAAGGCCUCGGCCAGCCAGAAGAACCUGCAGAGCCUAGCCAGUAAGCAGGCCAGCGAAGCCCGGGAGGGCAAGGAGUUUGUUCGGCCCAAGCUGGUGACGGUGAUGCGGAGUGGCGUGAAGCCGAGGAAGGCCGUCCGCGUGCUGCUCAACAAGAAGACCGCGCACUCCUUCGAACAGGUGCUCACCGACAUCACAGAGGCCAUCAAGCUGGAGAGCGGCGUGGUCAAGAGGAUCUACACACUGGACGGAAAGCAGGUCACCUGUCUUCAGGAUUUCUUUGGUGAUGAUGAUGUCUUCAUUGCCUGUGGCCCAGAGAAGUUCCGCUACGCCCAGGAUGACUUCUCCCUGGAUGAGAAUGCACACUACCCCUCUGGAACCAAACCCAAAUCAGCCCAGGGGGCCUUUAAUAACCAAGAAGGUUGCAGGAUGAUGAAGAAGAAAAGUCCAGGUCAGAUCCGGCGCAGCAAGUCUCCUGCUGAAUCGACCAAUGGGACCGCCUCCAGCAGCCAGCUCUCCACCCCAAUUUCCAAGCAGUCCCCCACCUCCACCCCCAACAGCCCAGGCAUCCACCGCAAGCAGAAGGAUCUCUACCUGCCCCUAUCUCUGGAUGAUGAUGAUUCUCUUGGGGAAUCCAUGUAGAGCCUCCUGUCUGUCAGCUGCUGCCUGCCUACCCGUCUCCCCCUGGCCUGCCACUCGGAGGUAUCUCUGGUGCUCUCCACCUUCACUGACGGCCAGUGUCCUCUAGUGUACUAUCCGGGAGGACUUCUCCAUUUGAUCUCUCCCUGGUGCCACGUGCUAUGUCUACCUGACCUUGGCCACCACGGCUGUUCCACCUUUUGCUGCUUGAGAAUUCACCACUAGAUCUUGUUUUUUAUAUCCUAUGUUGUUAAGAAUGUAUAUGCUGGGCGUAUACAACAAUGAUGUACGAAUUACUGCAUCUAACAAAUUCGCCAAAUCCUUCUAUUGUGUGAAAGUCCAGGGUUUACUCUUAUGCUCUCAGAAGGGGCACAUCAUUUACUAACAAGCAAUUUCAAAGAUGCAGUUCCCACAAUGUAACUACAGAAGUGUAUUUUUUUCCCAGUUGAAAACCAUGCAUUCUGAUAUAGGGCAAAUCACACAUUUCUACGAUUUUCCCAAUUCAAGUGCACAAUUCCAAGCAGCAAAUGGACUAUUUCUCUGGGGUGUAGUAGUCAGUAGUCACGUUUUGCUCAUAAUGUCCCUCUUUGUCCUCUCUCUUUCUGUGCUAUGGUUCAAGCUGUUAAAAGUAACGAGAAAUUUUUUAGGGGAAGGCGCUUUAGCCGUGAGAGGUGAAUGUCCUCCUUUUCAUCUACUGUAAAUACUGUGUAUAGCCAUUGCAACAUCCCAGCUAAUGCCUAACAUUCAUAACUAUGCUUUCACAAAACGUCAAUACAUCGCCUGCCAAACAUUGAGUCAACAUAACAUGUUUUCUGUGCAUCGUCUAUCUAUGAGGUCUUCAAAAACUGCAAGGCACAGUGGAGCCAAGCGGCUUUGAAACCGUGGGCAUGUAGAGUAGGGUUACUGGGGUAAGUUACACUAGUGUGUACAAACCAACCAAAGCCAGAAAAAAAUGGCCCUUUUUAAAACAAACAAGCUCGUCCUUUUUUGUUUUAUUUAAAUAACAGUUUAGGAUUCUUAAAUGUAUUUUGGUGAUGAUUAUUUGAACUCCUUUUUUGUGACUGAUUCUACGAUGGAGACUUCAAUGGAGAUGUGAUACAGCCCAGGUGUACUUAUAUUGAGGCAAGUUUAGAAUAAAUGAUCCUGACAAUAAAACAAAAUGUCAAAGCCAAAGUAUAUAUUGUAUCAAGCAAAGUGGACAUCUAAAAUGUAGAUCAUCUGUAGUUCCCCCAGUGGAGACAUACCUGUCUGCUAUUGUACUCUGUACUGUCUGUUUGUUACUGGGGCCUCCCAUGAGACCAUUCUAACCAGACCAUGUCCAUGUAGGGUAAAUAGAUUUUCACCAGCACAGAAAACAAUAGAGUAGAGCUUCUCACAUUUUGCAUGGCUAAAUCUUUUUUCUUAGUGCUUAUUGGUUGAAUACAAAAGUUUAGAUAGGAGGAAAUUGAAUUGUUUGUUCGAAGAAAAAAAAAGUAUUAUUAAAAAAAAUGAAGUAAUAUAUAUGUCUAAAACAUUGUUCCUUUUCUUGACGAGUCACACAUGAAUGGUUAUAGUAACGUCAUGUUCCUAGAGAGGAUGUCCGGCGAAAUCUGAUUAACACAUCAUUGUGUUAUAGUGCAGGCAUAUGGACAUUUUUCUGUGGCGGUCGUCCCAAAGAAUAGUGUGAAAUACUAGACCAAGUAUUACGUAUGUAAGGUAUUUACGUAUGUAAAGUGAUCCAGUGUGAACCUCUCUCUGGACCUGACCCAAAUCUGACCCAAAUGAGCAGCACAACACACUCUCGACUACUUACACCCGCCAUCUGCAGGGAGUGAUGUCACUGUGAUGUCAGCACUACAGCUGCAUGUCCACUUUUACAUCUUCUGGGAAUCAACACUUUGUCAAAUAAAAGUCUCUUCUGGAGAAUUCAGUUCUACUUUAUCUCACCAGCUGUUCAAUAUCUUGUCUCUUUGCCCCAGAUUUUCUACAGUUUAACAUGAACAGUGUCGGUUGUUUUGUGUGAUGCUGCCACCACCCUAUAAUACAGGAGGUGUGGGCCAAACUCUCACCUCCAGUGGUGCCUCUUUUUUUUUUUGAUUGCCGUCUUUUGAUAAAUAAAAAAAAAUGAUAAAAAAAACAAAACAAACAGGAAAACUAAGACAUGGCCUCUUUGUUAACAAACUGUUUGUAGAGCAUUUUUAAAUGUCUUGAAUUGUGGAGCUGCCAUCAGCGCAGUGUGAUCUCUCAUACAUUGUUUUUGAUAGAAUGCCAGGGUAACUAUAUCAUAGUGCAGACAUACUCUCUUUCUGUUCUCUCUGAAUGAAUCUCUUGAUGGAAUGAAUUGGGUUACUGGGAAAUGUACAACGUCCUCUUUAAUGGUGUUUUUUGCAAUGUCACAGUGGCUUGUUUCAGUGCUUCACUCUAUGUAUUAACCAAUUCCCUUUUGCAAUUAAAAGAGUUGUGUUCCACCUCCCGUUCUGGCUGUACUCAAAUGAUGGCUGUUCGCUCAGUCUUAACUGAGCAACACAAUUUUACAUUUCUGUCUCAUUGUUUUAGCCACACCGCUGCCAUACAUACACACAGUACCAAUCCAUAUUCACAUCCAUGAAUCUCAUCAUGAUGAAGUCACAAUCACAGUCCAUCUCCAGUCUGUUUUUGAUCAUUACUAGGCGUGGUCUGUGUUGCAACCGUCGGUGAAUUUAGAAAGGGAUUUUAAGUGAUCAUAUCACCCUUUAAAAAUAGCAAGGGAAACAACUGCGAUGCGUUACCAUGGUAACACAAUACAAUCCCUAUCCUAUACCUAUGUCCCUUGGUACAGGUUUUGGGGAUGUAUUUGACAGUGUCCAUGUGAGUGUGUUUUAUUCUGUGUGUGUGUGUGCAUGCGUGCGGGUGUCUGUGUUGUGUGUGCGCAAGUGCGCGCGUGCAUGUGUGUGUCCGCAUGCGUGUUUGCGCAUGUGUAUUCAUGGUAGGGGGAAGUCUGGAUGAGACGUUAAGAGGUAGAAAAGAGCAGACGCUGUGUGAAAAGCAUGGUAUUACUAUUCUGUUCAUGAUCACCAUUUUGGCCGUCUCAAUCACCAUGGUAACCGGGAGUCUCUCUCAACAGUAAACGUUAAUCUCCAGUUUAAACAGGGGGUGUCUGGGAAAUGAAUUGCACUGUACACAACUGGGGACUGCUCCCCACGUUUACACUGCUUUCAAUACAGCUGAGACAGUGGCACUUUAGUAGACCUGCCGAAGCUAUUGCCAAGCACUGAACCACUGCUACUGCUGUUCUGUACUGUUUCCUCUGGUAAAACCUAACCAGACGUCUGGAAGACAUUCUGUCUCACCAAAGAGCAUGUGUCCAAGACAAGUCAUAAAGACAGAAUAGCAUGUCAAUGAUUUUCAAGUAGUAAAUAGAUCUAUAGACAGACAAAAGGUGUCUAAAUCCAUCAUAUAAUUUACUACAGUAUAUCUUAAAUGUUAGUCAUGGUUUACCAAGAUUUGAAUGCAAGUGCAACUAAGGGCUCUUAAAUGUCUGGAUCGCUGAGGAGUUACAGAUUGCGUUCACCGUGAAUGCCAUGUACUUCUGCCAUACGGAUUGAAUAGAGCCCUAAAACUGCAGUAAGACAAUCCUAAGAAAAAACAUUUAUCAACACAUGUACUUAACCACCUGUACAAGCUAAACACGUCCACAAUAACUGUGUACCUUACACUAUUCAAUUCAGAUGCAUGUAAUUCAUCCACUUGGAUAUGACAUCCUACAGUUACUGUAUAUAAACUCAGGCAUUCCUCUAACUUGGUGCAAAAACCAAUUGGUCCUCAUCAACCCUAAUGACUACCUUAUGCAAUCAUGCGCACACUCUCAACAUACAGUACAAGUAAAAUGUUUGGACACACCUACUCAUUCAAGGGUUUUUCUUUAUUUUUAAAAACUAUUUUUUACAUUGUAGAAUAAUAGUGAGGACAUCAAAACUUUGAAAUAACACAAAUGGAAUCAUUUGGUAACCCAAAAAGUGUUCAACAAAUCAAAAUAUAUUUUAGAUUCUUCAAAGUAGCCACCCUUUGCCUUGAUGACAGCUUUGCACACUCUUGGCAUUCUCUCAACCAGCUUCACCUGGAAUGCUUUUCCAACAGUCUUGAAGGAGUUUCCACAUAUGCUGAGCACUAGUUGGCUGCUUUUCCUUCACUCUGCGGUCCAACUCAUCCAAAACCAUCUCAAUUGGGUUGAGUUCAGGUGAUUGUGGAGGCCAGGUCAUCUGAUGCAGCACUCCAUCACUCUCCUUCUUGGUCAAAAAAGCCCUUACACCGCCUGGAGGUGUAGAAAAACAAAUGAUAGUUCCACUAAGCGCAAACCAGAUGGGAUGGUGUAUCACAGCAGAAUGCUGUGGUAGCCAUGCUGGUUAAGUGUGCCUUCUGAAUUCUAAAUAAAUCACAGACAGUGUCACCAGCAAACCACCAUCACACCUCCUCCAUGUUUCACGGUGGGAACCACACAUGCGGAGAUCAUCUGUUCACCUACUCUGCGUCUCACAAAGACACGGUGGUUGGAACCAAUAAUCUCAAAUUGGACUCAUCAGGACUUAUUUCUGAGGCUGGUAACUCUAAUGAACUUAUCCUCUGCAGCAGAGGUAACUCUGGGUCUUCCUUUCCUGUGGCAGUCCUCAUGAGAGCCAGUUUCAUCCUAACACUUGAUGAUUUUUGCAAAUGCACUUCUCUUGGUUUAUUUGAGCUGUUCUUGCCAUAAAUGGACUUGGUCUUUUACGAAAUAGGGCUAUCUUCUGUAUACCACCCCUACCUUGUCACAACACAACUGAUUUGCUCAAAUGCAUUAAGAAGGAAAGAAAUUCCACAAAUGAUCUUUUAACAAGGCACACCUGUUAAUUGAAAUGCAUUCCAGGUGACUACCUCAUGAAGCUGGUUGAGAGAAUGCCAAGAGUGUGUGAAUCUGUCAUCAAGGCAAAGGGUGGCUACUUUGAAGAAUCUCAAAUAUAAAAUAUAUCUGUUUAACAAUGUUUUGGUUACUACAUUAUUCCAUAAGUGUUAUUUCAUAUUGUUGACACCUUCACUAUUAUUCUACAAUGUGUAGAAUAGUAAAAAUAAAGAAAAAACCCUUGAAUGAGUAGUUGUGUCCAAACUGGUACUGCAAAUACACACAAGCUUGCACACACACAAACACACACAGAUUCAUACACAGACAUACUGUACACCAUAUGAUAAAGUUGAUUCGAAUUGGACAGGGCUUUUGGACAUAUCUGUAAAAUAUUCUCUUACCAGACUCAACAUUCUAUCAUGGUGCUAGGAAUCCCCAAAUAGAGUCCAUUUAAGAGACCAUUCAAACCUUUAUACAAUACUGUAUGCAGGGGUGAUGCUUUCAUGAAUAACCAAUACUAUCAUCAAUGGGGUUGUAAAGAAAUGUUCCUCACUACAAUAUUACUCAACAAUAAUAAACAGAUUGAUAAAAUAGUUACAUUUGUUCGAUAAUGUAGCUAAGAAACUAACGUUGUUCUCGUGUAUUAUUUUUAACAACUCGAAGGGCGGUUUACCGUAGAAGGCUAGUCAACAACAGACUUAACAGCCAUAAGUCAUCCCCUGUCAGCCGCGGAUCAUAGAGCUAGUCAUCUGUGGUCAUUACUGAGCAUCGUUACUGAUCACAAUGACUGAUAAACACUGAAUAUGUAUAGCACAUUAGUCAACAGAUGGCCCAAACUGCCUUCAUAUAGUUCACGUUCCUGUAAUCAAAAACAAAAAACAAUCAUGAUUGUCAGAUCAUCUCAUUUGCUGGUUUAGUUGUCCGUGUGUACGAUUCUCUGUCAUUGCCUCUUUUUUUGCCUUUGUUUCCAUCAAUAUUCAUUUUGAGAGAAAUUCCUUUUGCUCGUGGAUAUUUCUACUGUUAUCGACUUUAGAAGGAAAAGAAACAAACUUUCCGUAGUUUAGAGGAUAGUUUGCAAAAUUAUAGAAUUAGACCUGUGGCUUGCUGUAUGUUCCUUUAGUUUCU